AUGAGAAAGAAUGGCGAAAGCGACCAGUCUUUCAAGAAUAGGUUCACUGCUGAAAGAUCGCGGCAAUUUGAUCUUUUGCAAUCAAAAGAGGUUGCCGACCAAAAUGCAGACGGCUGCUCGAAAAGGGCAUGUGAAUUUCUCAAGCCAGGAUAUAAUCAGCUUAAGCCCAGUGAUGGCAGGAGAUUGAACUCUUCGAUUAAAGAGCACCAAAGUAUGCUUGGGAAGCUGAAAAGCGUAGUGAAAGCCUUGAAAGAACAUGAUUCUACGCUUUUCCAGUCUAAUGGGCUUAUCUUGAAGCAAGGAGAAGAAUUUGCUCACGACUUCAAUGUAAGGUAGAUCAAGUGCGUCGAGGCUAAGGUACAAAAGGUAACGCGGGAUACAGAGACACUAGAAGAAAGUAAAGACAGUUUUCGUAGCAUUUUCAAGGGCCUACAUAGAGACCGUAUCAGCAAGGGAAGAAGAAAAAAAGAAAACCGUCGCCAAUCGAAUGCAAGAAAAAAGAAAACGUUUGAAAACAACGUCCAACGAGUGUAUAGUAGUAUUUGUGUGGUUUCCUCCACACAUGUCCAAUAUGCACAAACGGAUACGAUUCGUCAAACUGAUGGUCCAUUGGUACCAAUGGUACGAUUGGUACCAAUAGAAAAGCACCCUAUUCCAAUGGUUCUGUUGGUGCAUAUGCAUCUAAUUAAGGAGACUUAGAUUAUUUUCCCAUGUGACCUGGUUGGGUAAAGGGCAGUUCCAAUGGUCCAUUGGUACCAAUGGUACGAUUGGUACCAAUGGAAAAGCACCCUAUUCCAAUGGUUCUAUUGGUGAAUAUGCAUCUCAUAAAGGGGACUUAGAUUAUUUUCCCAUGUGACCUGGCUGGGUACAGGGCAAUUCCGAUGGUCCAUUGGUACCAAUGGUGCGAUUGGUACCAAUGGAAAAUGAUGCCAUUCCAAUGGUUCUAUUGGUGCAAAACAAGUUCACGUUUACACCAAGUGAAAACACGCUAAUAAUUAUUAUGAACGUUCCUCGUUCUAUAAGAAAACCACGCAAAACAAGUUCGCUUUUACAUCAAGUAAAAGCGCGCUAUAACUCUGAUGAAUAUUCCUCGUUCUAUAUCCCAAUCACGCAAAACAAGUUCGCUUUUACACCAAGUAAAAGCGCGCUAUAUUCCUCGUUCAAUCAGCCAACCAUGCAAAACAAGUUCGCUUUUACACCAAGUAAAAACGCGCUAAUAAUUAUUAUGAAUAUUCCUCGUUCUAUAAGCCAACCAUGCAAAACAAGUUCGCUUUUACACCAAGUAAAAACGCGCUAAUAAUUAUUAUGAAUAUUCCUCGUUCUAUAAGCCAACCAUGCAAAACAAGUUCGCUUUUACACCAAGUAAAAACGCGCUAAUAAUUAUUAUGAAUAUUCCUCGUUCUAUAAGCCAACCAUGCAAAACAAGUUCGCUUUUGCACCAAGUAAAAACGCGCUAAUAAUUAUUAUGAAUAUUCCUCAUUCUAUAAGCCAACCACGCAAAACGAGUUCGCUUUUACACCAAGUAAAAACGCGCUAAUAAUUAUUAUGAAUAUUCCUCAUUCUAUAAGCCAACCAUGCAAAACAAGUUCGCUUUUACACCAAGUAAAAACGCGCUAAUAAUUCUUAUGAAUAUUCCUUGUUCUAUAAGCCAGCCACACAAAACAAGUUAAAACGAGUUCGCUUUUACACCAAGUAAAAACGCGCUAAUAAUUAUUAUGAAUAUUCCUCGUUCUAUAAGCCAACCACGCAAAACAAGUUCGCUUUUACACCAAGUAAAAGCGUGCUAUAAUUCUUAUGAAUAUUCCUUGUUCUAUAAGCCAGCCACACAAAACAAGUUAAAACGAGUUCGCUUUUACACCAAGUAAAAACGCGCUAAUAAUUAUUAUGAAUAUUCCUCAUUUUAUAAGCCAACCACGCAAAACAAGUUCGCUGUUACACCAAUUAAAAACGCGCCAUAAUUCUUAUGAAUAUUCCUCGUUCUAUUGGCUAACCAGGCAAAACAAGUUCGCUUUCACACAAAGUAGAAACGCACUAAUAGUUACAAAGCGAGGGCGACCUAUAUAUCUAGCACUAAUAAUAUCUCAAGGUGCUGCGAGUAUAACAAACAUCGUACGAACAUUAAAAUUGAAAGGUAACUCGUCACUGUCGUGUUCGUUCUGUUUAUUGUGAUUCACGAGCAAACAACAACAUGACAUAUGAAUGUCUUCUUUCCUGUACGCAAGCACUAUUUUUAAAAAGAACCCGAAUCAACGCGGAAAGGCGCGAAACUAGCAAAGUGGUAUUGAGGCAACAGGUCUUAACAACUGUACUCAACUCACUGUGAAAUUAACUUCUGAAAUUUCUUAGCGCAAUUUCAUUAUCUACAUGGAAGCGUUUAAACCUUAACAAGUUUUCAAUGAGGAGUUUCCGAAAAGGGUGGUUAUAUCAUGCUGUUGGUUAUGACUUUGUAUUGUAUUUGGUGGCUCCUAGGAGAGCCGUUUUAUAUUCAAGUGACUGAGUCACUUUUGACUGUUGACGUGGGGUUUGCCUUGGUAACCCAUUGAGGUACACCAGUUUGCUAUAAUCAACGUCGUAGUAAAACCAUUGAUGUAUUUAAUGUCAACGUUGUCGUUGACAAAUUGUAUUUGCCGUGCUCUUUUCUCGGCUGUAGCUUGCGAUGAGGCCCAGGACUGAGCUAGAAGAAUCCAUCUACUGUUAAUGAGAUGCAUAUUCACCAAUAGAACCAUUGGAAUAGGAUGCUUUUCUCUUGGUACCAAUCGUACCAUUGGUACCAAUGGAGACCCUUCUUAUCACCACUAACACCAAUGGAGUCUAUUUGUGAGUAUUGGACAACCCUCCGGAAACCCACUAGGUAAUGAUCUUCCGAAAUGUCUUCUGUAUCCUCCUUGCCUUGCCGUCCCUGAAGGGUGCAUCGACGUUGAAAAAGUUUGCGAAUUGCCUUUUGAUCGAGAUGCGGCAUACAUUGCACAGCUCUUGCAAGGAAACCAUUUCAGCAACGCCGUAGGAAGCAGAAUUAUCAUAAACCUCAAGCCGGAGGUUAGAGAUAACGUGUACUGCUUCAUGUACCCUGAAGAGUAUGCUAUGACUGAAAACGACGAAAGUGACUCUAGCAGCAGCACGAGCGAUGAGGAAGAGCUUGGCAAUGAUGACGAAGAGGAACAUGAGCAGAGAGACGUUGCACAGCACUAA